AUGGAUGAAAAAGAGAAGAGCGAGAUGAAAGAAAGCUCAGAGGAAACGUUCAUAUCAUUAAUAAAGGACUUCUGCGGUUACACUUCUGCGCAUGGCCCUGAAAGAAUUAUGUCUGCAAAACAAUGGAUACGAAAAGCAUUCUGGAGCUUGCUUUUUGUCGCCGCAAUCACCGUGCUAGGAAUUCAAGUUCGUACGUUGUACAACAAAUACAAGAGUCGACCGCUUGUCACCUCAGUUACACUGGAGUCUGACACGGUAACGUACAGUAAUGUCGAAGGUAGGGGGGAGGGGUGGGGGGCAGUUGGGUAGCGCAGUGGAGAAUAUAGGCGGGAGGGUAAGGGAGGCAGGAGAGGAGAAGACUGGAGGUGGGCGUUCUAAAAGGGUGGGAGGCUGGAGAAAUAGGAGAACGUUACGCAACAACGCUUAAUAUUGCGCCUUCGAAAACAUGCUCCAAAAUGGGGAAGGAACCGGAAAUGCAGGGUACUGAAGUCGGGAGGUAUGGACUCCCCUGUCCCCCCUACGGAAUUAUUGAAGUCGCUUUAGUAAGGAGGGCAGGUUGAAGUGUUUGUGCAAAUUUCGACUGCUGCAAGUCUUGCACUUCAAUCCGGGAUAUCAGGACGAUAACGAUGACAACAACAAUUGCGAUGAUAACAUUAACGAUAACAAUAACGAUAUAGAUGUCUGAGCUGAAGACAAAGAUGAAGAUAUCAGAGCUAUGAUAAUGGCGAUGUCAGCAUCGAUGACGUUAUGGAUAUGAAUGCUAACACGAUGACAUUAAUGAUUAGAAAAUGAGUGAAAACGAUGACGAGGCUACAGUCAGUGACACUAAAGCUCAUAACAAUGAUGGUAACCUCUGAUAAAUAAAAAAACUUUUGAUAAACCGACUCGAACGAAAAAAAAGUUAUAUCACCGCCAUUAGACUUAAGUACUUUAAAACUGUUGUGUUUAUUUUUCUUACAGAGUCUUCCUUUUCCAGUUGUUACUAUCUGCAAUUUUAAUGCUCUUAAAUAUGACUCGCUCCUCGAGAGCAACUUGACUGCUCUCAAAGCGACGUUCCCAGCACGAAGUAAGUUGGUUCAGGGUGAUUUAAUAUUCGAAUAAUACGUUCUUUAAAGUGAUGUAUACCUGCUUGAGUUUUUGCAUGAUUUACAAGACCUCAUCGCCCCGCCAUGUGAUGUAAUCCAAGAAAGAAUCCCGAUUACCUUGUAUGGAGCGAACCUCAAUUCGGCGUUUAAUUAUAUGCUUUCAACGCGCUGUGUGAUUCAAUGAAUAUAAAUACAUCCAACGGAUGAAGAAAGUUGACCGCUAAUUUAGGGCAGUGCAGCUUAUCAUAUAUGAAACCAGCAACAUAUCAUAUUAUUGAAUGUCAAUGCGAAAUAAUCAGCAUGUCUUCACAUUUCUUCACCGAGCCUGAAAUUUACCAUCUUUCAUUCUUUCGCCAUAUCAUCUUAUUCUAAUCUUCUUACAUUUCGCAGAUGCCUCAUCCUCCCAGCAACGAAGAAGGCGUCGAUCAACAGACGAUUCUGGAAGCGCUUCUCCGACCACCGAUCCCACAAACAACGAAGAUUAUGAGAAUUGGUAUGACUGGGAAGGGGAGGACUCUGUUGACUACGACGCAGAAUACUUGGCGACUGAAAAAGUGGCUCUUCUCAUGGCGGAAGAAGAUAAAAGUGUUCUUUCGUCUCUCGGUCAUCAGUUCGAAGAUAUGGUAUUGUCGUGUACCUUCCGAGGAAUUCAAUGCAGGUACUGUACAUAUCUGUACUUUUUUAAGGCAGGAUUAUGCAACCGGUUCGCUGAGCUAGGUAAUUUGCUCGUUUGUCAGUUAUUUUUGUUUUCAAGUUGUUCCCAAUUUUAAAAGAAAACUUAAUUUUAAGAUUUAUAUAUAUUUUUUUACUUAGCAACUUCACAGAUAGAUUUUGGUCCAAAUAUUGGCACUACAAAUAUGGAAACUGCUAUGUUUUCAAUAGCGAAUUAACAAGCUCUGGAGCAAAAAGGAAACUUUUGAUAUCAAACAAGGCGGGUCCUUCUCAUGGUGAGUUUUCUAUUUGGUUGUGUUGAAGUUAUAGACGAAUUUCUCGACAUUGGAAGGUUUUCUCCCAACCGUUCACGGAAGCCUCUGUUCUUGCAAAAGUUGCCUCAAUGUUCCUUAAACGUUGAACUACACUUACGUAACUCUCAGAAGUAUCGUAUGGGUAUAAGAUGCUUUAGCAAUGUAUGAUGGGCUGCAAACGUGCAGUAUUUCAAGUUACAAUUUGUUACAUCUUUGUGUGUUCAUUUGCUGCUUUUGAUCACAUCGGUCUUAUUAGUUUUCUGCGUAUGAUCUUAUAGUAACUUUUGUCCUAUCCUCAGGUCUUAACCUUGAGUUAAACAUUGAACAGGAUGAAUACCUUGAUUCCUUCACACCAGAAGCAGGGGUUCGGGUCGACAUUACCAAUCAGGGACAAAUGCCUUUUCCAUUGGAAAGAGGGCUUAGCCUAGCACCAGGCUUUGCAACAGCAAUUGGCCUAAGAAAGGUUUGAAGAGUCUUUUGUUAUCUUUAUUAACGUCUGUGGCUUGGAUCAGCAGCUUUCGUCGUAGGGUUAAUCUCACCCCAGCUUGUAACGUCUACGUAGCGCUCAGAUCCUUGUUAUGCUUGGCCCCAAAACGAACUCAACAAAUUCUCUAGGUGUGCGCGUUUCGAAUUCCCCUUUAAGCUAGUUGGAGAAUCGACAAUGACCUUUUUGACAGGCCAAUCAUGAAACAUACGAACAAGGGUAAGUGGGCUGGCCUCUCAGACGGACUUAACCAAAGGUUAAACGCAGGCUAGACCUGAAUAUUAAGACUAUGACCAUGAAAUCGACAGAUUGAUAGCGCAUCUAAAAUUUCCAAGAGUAGUAGUGUACCAACCAUACGCAUUGUUCCAUAUAUAGUCAAUAGGAAAUCAACUCUUCACAACGCGUGCUUCAGUUUUGUUACCUGCUAAACCGCAGUGGAUCGUACUGUGAAACCUGAUUUUUAUUUUCUUUGUUGCCUUUUUUUGCGACAGGUCAUCAUCCAACGAGAAGAUCCUUUUAGAAACGACCGCUGUCACAAAAACACCACUGUACAUAAAUCCCUUGAUUUGUACAACAGAAUGUUUAACGCAACAUACUCGGCAACGGUGAGAUAUGGUCAUGUCAGUGUCAGCGAUUUUCCCAUUUAUUGUACUAUAGAAGUGAUGUUUCUUAGUUGGCUGGAAUCAUAUUUGUAUUUUCAUUUUGUCUCGCUCAUUUUCGAUACAGUUUUGUUUUCAUUUAAAGGCCUGUAAGGAGUCUUGCCUCGCUGCAAAUCAGUUUGGAAUUUGUGGCUGCAUGGAGUACAAAUUUCCCGUUGACAAAGAACCAUUGUGCGACAUAACUAACAGAUCUGUCAGUAAGUGCAAACAGUUUUGUUAUAUUCCUAGAAUUUCACUCAACUAAACAGGGACUGCCAUUGGUUGAUUCUUGGUCACGUGGCCUUGACUAAAAUCAAAUGUAUCCCGAUCGUGAUACAUUAAACAAUGUAUCCCGCUCGGGAUACAUUGCAGCACGUGAUCAAAGCAUGGUGGAAAGUGGCGUGACAGAAGGCGGGAAAAACACUGCCAGGUUGCCAGUUUUCUUUUUCGUGAAUGAACACAACAACACAAUCACGAAGCCUCAAGCUAAAAAGCAACGAUUUUUAAAGUUAUCCCAGAAGUUCCCAGAAGAAAAACAGCAGCUAGUGGCGGAAAAAGAUGCAGAUGAUAUAAGGAAAGUACUUUUGUUUGUAAAUCAUUCAUUCAGUGGUUUUGAGAAUUAAAUUUGUGUUGUUAUAAGUACCAAGUCGACUGUUUUGGUUCGUUUUCGUUCGCUCCGGUUAUUCUUUUGUUGCUGUUGAAGUGAAAGUUCUAGAAAUAUAACAAAACACUUAAUGUCAGAUCCCUCGGGAAACCAGUUAGUUUUGUUUUCCCUCGAGUCCUGAUGUUUCCCUCGACUUCGUCUCGGGAAACAUCAGGACUCUCGGGAAAACAAAACUAACUGUUUCCCUUGGGAUCUGACAUUAAGUGUAUAAUGUGCAGGGGUUAUGGGCACACGGCCACACUUAAGCGUCCGUCAUUGCUCAAUGUCCUUAUUUUCUCACAGGCUUACAACCUGUAAACGUUAGUGGCGUUUUGAUUACUUGAAACCAAGAGAAAUUCUACAAUCAUCGUCAUUUGCAAUUUCUUGAGGCUUAAGCAAAUUUUUUCUGAGUUGACGUCGGUAUUUUUCAACCAGACGGAGGCUCAAGCGCGCGAAACAGUUUCGCCUUCACUCUGUCAGUUGAAUAAUUUAUAGCCCUGAACGAUCUGUGACUAUUUCAAAAAGUUGUCAUGAUUAAGAGACUGAUAAGACAGUUGUAUUUUGAAAAGAUUUUAGUCUAUGAGUACCAUGAAGAACAUUAAGUGAGCCGGCACAGCUUCUAUCUAGAAAACGAACAGUGACCAAUUCACCUAACCUUAUUGUGCGAAUAAUUACAUGGCUAGAUUUAGGAGGCGGCCGUGCGCUAGUUCCGAUCAGCGCUUAACUCGGCUGGGCAGAAAAUUUGCGCAUUGACGUUGUUUAUCGCAAUGUACACAAUAGAUGUGGCAGAAUGAUCACUUGAUAAAGAAACUUGAUUUUCCUUACAGAUAUCUGCCUUAACAAGGUGCAAAAAUUAUUUAGAGAGAGUAAACUUAACUGCAGCAGCUCUUCUUGUCCACCACCCUGCUGGUAAGCAAAUGUUUUGAACGGUAUCUAAAUCAGUCCAGGAACAACGACUUGAAUGUAAAUAGAUCGAUUUCCUGUUGGUUAUAUGUAAUUGUUCCUUAAAAAAAAAAAAAAACAGCGGUCAUUAAUAGCAGACCAACGUCGCUUUGUUAGUCAACUCUAAUAUACAAAAUUUGUAUAUUUGCAAUGCUGGUGCAAGGUGUCAUUUUUUUUGCAUCAUGCUUCGAAUUAAGUAAACCGAGGACACCAAUAACAGCCGUAAGGUGACAUUGAUCUUUACAAACGCCUUGCCCAUGAGGAAGUUUAGGCAUCUUCACUUGCUUUUAUUAGCAAUUUUUCGGCCUCGGUGGAUAACACCCCCCAAUAUCUGCUUAAUUCUUCAUAUCCUACGAAAGCCGAAAUCAUUAAUUGCUUUAUUAUUCAUUCAAAAUAAUUCCUAGUUUAAAAACAUAGCUAAAACAUGCUUACAUGCAUCGAUGUUAAGUUCAUCUUCGAUAGUGCACGUUUAGGUUUGUCCAGCUCUGCAAAUAUUCUCCAAAUAGUAGAUGCUGCCCUCCGAGUUGUCUUUUUGCUGUUUUUGCCAUGUUUUUAGCUAUUAUUUUGCCUAGUUCCAGCUGUAGUUCUUACUCUUGAAACGAGUGAAAUGUCCGCCAUUUUUUUUAUACAACCAAACAACUCAACCUCGUCCCCAGGUCUUCUCGGUAACGGUGCCUUAACCUGUAGCGGGCUGCACUUUUGACGUCAUUUCCUCGUUAAACACAAGAUUCUUCCAAAUUUGGUCAUCAGUAGCUGGUUAUGGAGAAUUUUUAGCCAAUCAGAAUUGGGGAAAUAUUUUUAAUGAAUAAUGAUAUAUAUUAAUUCGUCUUAUAUAACUUUUAGAAGUUUUAGACAUUGUAACUAGGUUUUUCCGCUCUUUGAAACUGAUUGUAAAUUACAAUUAAUAAUUCCUAUUGGAAUAUUUGAACAAACUUAUUGUAUUGUGACAGAAAAAAGUUCAUGUUUUAACACUGAUAUUACUGCGAAUUGCCUAUGGAGAAAAUGAGAUUGGACAGAGUGGUAUUGAGAUAAUUAGCUGAACUUUGUGGUUGCUCGGCGUUUUUUGGCUUCAAAAUUACUGUUCUUCCCCUUUAAUUUUAAGGCAGGAAGAAUUCAAGAUAAGUUCCUCAUUUGCUGCUUGGCCGGCGGAAAACUAUGAGGUACUAGUUGCUUCAAUUAUUUAUAAAAGGAUAGACGCAUCGAGAAUGUUGAACAUUACAUACAUUAAAAGAAAUGAGGUCAGCGAUAAGCAAAACAUGAAAACAUUUUCCUCUUUGUAGAUAGGUUCCUGUUAAGUUUUCCUCCAAUUUUUUUACGCCUCAAUUAUUUUUGAGUAUGUUAAGCUUUCAAGUGCUGGCAGCUUAAUUGUAUUGCUACUGCCGAUUGGAAAGGAAUUGUAUGUUGAUUUAUAUGCAUACCGAUUUUAUUUCAGUACUUCUUUCAAAAUGAACUCGAAAAACGUGGGAAGUAUGUGUGGUCAGACGAUGAAAGCUCCAUGAGGUAAAAGACAUUAUUUUGUUACUAUUGGCAAAUAAAGUAUGUUAUUACUCUUUAUACAAUGAUGUGAAUGCUACGCGCGUUGUGAUUGGUCGUCGCCCAUGAUCUAUCAGAGUACAGAUACAUAGAUGACGUCACGCGAAGCUUGGUUUGUUUGUUUUGUUCAACAUGGCGCGCGGUUUUGAAAAUGUUUGUGAGAUUAUUUCGGAUUAAAGCAAGUGAAAUCCUCGAAAAAAGUUCAACAGAAGCUAUUUACAAGAAACAAAAAUGGAGAAACGGGGACAAAAAGAGCUCUUGACUACUUUAGAAUGCCUAAACUACAAGAAAUUGUCACAACAGCUGCCAUCUUGUUUCAUCGCUAUGAGAGAAUCGCCGUUUUGCAAAAUGUUUUCGCCAUUAUUCCGCUUUGAGCAAGAAAAGGCGUUGAGAAACUUUUCAAAGAAACUGUAUAUAAUUAACAUAAAGUAGAAAAAAAAAAAGAAAGAAACAGAGACGAAAAGUAGCGCUUGGGACUUAACAAGUGCCUAAACUAGCACAAAUCCUUGAACAGUCAAGCGGUGCGAGGCAGGCGUUUGUGUCGGUCUUUUUUCUUUUCUGAUCAUUGUAUAAAAGAAAUAGAUUUCAUGUUGCCGUGGGUCUGUUCAGUAAUAGAUCACAUAGGACGUCAAAAUGUGGUAAAAACAACAGUGACACACUCCGCCUGCGGCUCGUGUGCCACUUCAUUGUUUUUACCACAUUUUGACGUCAUCUGUGAUCUAUUACUGAACAGAGGCACGGCAACAUGGAAUCUAUUUGUUAAGUAGUUUUUUUUCAAUAGUAAAGGUAAAGUUAUUCAGUUUACGGCAAUUGCACCAACCCGAGACCAGGCUCCUAGAUGGGGAAAAAUGGGCGGCCCAAUUCCCUGGCUCAGUCUCCAGCCCUGGGUAUCUUUAUGCGCCCGCGAUUCUUCGCACCUCACCUGGGGAGAAUAGCGUGGGCAUCGAGACACCCUCGACCCUCUUUCUUCGCUAAGGAGCCUGGUCCCCAGCUUCAAAUACACGUGCUUUUAGGACAAAGUUUCAUAGCUUUACGAGGGUCAUUAGUAUGAAGUUCUCCAAUCACGUUUGCAUGAAAGCCAACGCGCGCGAACAAACUGAAAAGCCACCUGAUUAGUUUGUAAACAGAAACGUGCUGAAGGUAAAGGUGUUCUUCGAAGAACUUAAGUUUGUAAAUAUGUGUGCCAAUUGCUUUCCAGGAAAAACGUAUUGAAGGUGCAAGUGUUUUUCGAAGAACUUAAUGUAGAGUACAUAGCAGAAAGGAUCUCCUAUGAAGUAAGUGAUCGAGUUUCUUUUUUUAAUUGUAAUUAUGGUAAAGGAUUGUUUGCUUUUUUAAAAUAUAUAGAACUUUAUUUUUAAAGUAAAAGGAGCCUUAGUUAGGUGAUACUCGAUUUAAAGCCUCGUAAUCGUCAUGAAUAAUAAAUAGAGAGAACUAAAUUCAGAAAGAGAUUUCUUAUACUAAGUAGUGCGCGCGAGUGCACUUUUGGUGAGAAAACGCGAUAGCUGCAGGGGCGCAUCAGAAAACAUGGGCAUGAUUUUAGUCGAUCCAAUUUUUCUACCCUUUUAGUCUGUUCAGCUGAUUUGGGUAGACUUUAAAACAUUUGUUCCCCAACCACGUCAAAUUUUAUAGUUUUUUGUUUAAGCACAAGGUUUCCCCUCGGUGGUUUGUGUAAACGAUAGGCAACCAAGUUUUAUUUUUAUCACUUUGCGAUCGGAAGAGGGCUAAACCGCUUUUUAAUGAAAAUAAACGUGCUGAUUUUUAUUUGCGGGGUGUCUAUUUUUUUACGCAUUCUCCCUCAUCCUCGAAUCUAAAAGUCUCUAUUAAACUAGUGAAUGGCCUUAAAUUUGAAAAUCCGGGCAUUAAAGCAAGUACUGCCCAGUACAUCGUCCAAGUUAAUGAUUAAUAUGUGUCAUGCGUGAUAGUGAAUAGCUUAUGAACUACCAUUGUUUAUCAAUUCUCUCCCAUAGCUUCCUGAUUUUGCUUCAGACAUUGGUGGUCAGCUAGGUCUAUGGAUUGGUUUCUCUGUGCUCACCAUUGCUGAGUUCAUUGAAUUUGUGAUGUUGAUUAUUUUACUGGCAAUAAGAAAGUGCUCAUCACGUGGAAGUAAAGUCAAGUCAGCUUCAUUAGAAAUGGAAAAAGUAAACCCUCAUUCAAACGAAGCACUUAAAUUCAAAUAA